AGAGUGUGGCGGCUUUAAGCAGCUCCGAGAUCAGUGGAUGCUGACAGACACGCAGCCGUUGAAGAGGGGAGACGGAGAAGACAAGAGUCUCACACUGUCACAGAGGAGAGACAGAGGAGGAGAGCAGAUACACUGUCCAUAUUCAUCAUCACGCUGAUUAGGACGCGAGGACAGCAGCUUCUCUGCAGCCACAGACGGUUGCAGAAAAUGGGAGCACAAUGUACCCUGAAGGGAAGCUACGGCAGGAACCCUGUGAUUUCUCCGCACUCUGCAAUGACUAUUAGAUUCAACAAUAGAACGUGAGUGCCAGAGCCAAGCAACACCACCUUUAAAUGGGCACUCUAUGUAAUUUCACCAGCUUGAACGCCCCCCCCCCCCCAUCAGCAAAUGGAGUUUUUUGUAUGUACUGAAUGUCCAAGUGGUCCUACCUUACUUCUAAUCAGGGCUCUGCACCUAGUACAACCCGGAACAGAUGGGCAAUAAGAUGUGUGAAAGAGAAUGAAAAGCUACGUGACUGCCCACUGAGAAUUCUGAGAAUCAGAGUGUACAGUCGUACUUUAAAAGAGACUGCUGUUUUCUUUUUGCUAAGAGAAAAAUUAUGACAAAGGUCGUCUGGACUUGAUAAUGAGAAUUUGCUGACAAGCAAGGACAUAAAAGACCCUUGAGAACCAAGGACGCAUGGACUGUGAGAAGACGGAACAAUGGACAUUUUUAUGACACAAUGGACAUUGACGUACCAAUAUAUAUAUUUAUCCACUUUUGUGAUAUGAACACGACCCUCUUUUCAGUGGAUGGUCAUAAAAACAAAAAGGACAAUAGAAAGCCCUGAGACUACUUCCAGGCUGGCAAAUGUUCCACAAAGUCAAGGAAUCUCUCAAGCACAUGUGGUUAUGUUUUUUAGAUUUCUAUACCAAUUGAUAUAUUCUCCUAGCUUCAGCCACCUGACAAACAUGGGCUUGUGGCAAAUGGUGUUCCUGAAAGGUUUUUAAAAUAGCAUUAUGGAGCAAAAUUGUAAAGAAGUACCAUCCCCUGUCCAGACAAAUGCAGGGGGCCAUACAAGCUGUUGAUUAAGGUUAUUUUUUUAAAGCUAACUCUUUGGUCAUUCCAAGAAGUCCAAAGUUUUACUACAGCUCUCGAAAGUUCCACUGGCUAGUAUCACUGAAACUUAGCACAACAUACCAACAAAAGUGACCAUGGAUUUCAAUGGGAGCCAGGACUAUGGGUCCUAUCCAACAGGGCUGCCCUUUAACACAAGCAUGGACUAUGACGACUACUAUCAGGAGCCUGAUGCCAGUAAAAUCAUCAUCCCAUCCAUCUAUGCUCUUGUCUGCUGUGUAGGUCUUACUGGCAACGCCAUGGUCAUCUACGUCAUUCUAAAAUAUGCCAAAAUGAAAACAGCCACCAACAUUUACAUCCUCAAUUUAGCAAUUGCUGAUGAGUUGUUCAUGUUAAGUGUUCCUUUUCUUGCCACAUCGGCUGCCGUCCGUCAUUGGCCCUUCGGGUCGCUGAUGUGCAGGUUGGUGCUAAGUGUAGAUGGCAUCAAUAUGUUUACAUCAAUCUUCUGCCUGACUGUGCUGAGUGUGGACCGGUACAUAGCAGUAGUCCACCCUAUCAAGGCUGCCCGCUACCGCAGACCAACUGUAGCCAAAGUAGUCAAUGUCUGUGUUUGGGGGCUGUCACUCAUAGUCAUCCUGCCCAUCAUUAUCUUUGCAGACACUGUCCCAGCGCAGGACGGUGGUGUGGACUGCAAUUUUUUGUGGCCUGAAUCAGCGUGGUCAGAAGCUUUUGUGGUCUACACCUUCCUGUUGGGGUUUCUGCUGCCGGUUGGAGCAAUCUGCUUAUGCUAUUGUUUAAUGGUGGCCAGGAUGCGAGCAGUUGGGCUAAAAGCAGGCUGGCUUCAGCGACGGCGCUCAGAGAAGAAGAUCACACGCAUGGUUCUGCUAGUUGUUGCAGUGUUCGUUCUCUGCUGGAUGCCCUUCUACAUUGUCCAGCUGGUUAGUGUUUUCCACCGGCCCCCAGACCCCAUGGUCACUCAGCUGUUUGUCAUCCUCAGCUAUGCGAACAGUGGCGCCAAUCCCAUCCUCUAUGGCUUUGUGUCAGACAAUUUCCGGCGUUCGUUCCAGCGCAUUGUUUGUUUCCGGUGGCUGGAGUCCGGGCUGGAUGCGGAGCAGGUGGAUUACUGUGCUGUAGCUUUGAAGAGACAAGCAACAUGUAGCCCUCUGGAUUUUCCCAAGGACUGUAUGGCUUCUGACAUGGUGUUUCGCAAUGGGACAUUUACCUCUCGUACAACCACAGUGUAACCAGAGCAGGACCUAAAUCAAGUAGCCACAACCUACGAAGGAGUUUUUCAACCAUGGGCUUCAACAGGGGAGAUGAUACAAAAUUUUGAUUAAUGUAUUUGUUAUAAAAAAAAAAUCAAAGUACAUAAGUUUCAAAUGUAAUUUCCUGAAAAACACAAAUGUGCCACACAAAAAUGUACUUGACUACAUGUAAACUUUUGGGACACAGGGCAGAAAGCUGAGAAACCCUAAAGAACAACAAGUGGAUGAGCAGAAAGUGUACAGUUCAGCAGCCGAUCUGGCUGUCUGACACGUUUGGAGAAAAACUAAUGAUGAAAAAGAUGUAUAUAAUUGUAAGGAUUCCACUAAUCUUAUUAUCAAGUGGGCAAGGAUGUAACACAGGUGAAUGUAAAAACAAAAUGGUAAUACUCAUUAACAUUUUGAUUCUGUUGGGUGAGUUAUAGUCAGUCCAGAAGAUACCCAGGUACCCCAUGAGCUAAUUUGAAUUGUGAUUUCAUAUGUUCAUUUGUUAUAAUGUAAUUUUUCAUUAACAGACACCCCAAAUACUAAAGCAUACAAUGGCACUCCCACACCCAUUAAAUUCUACAGUUGCAGUUAAAAUCCAACUUGAUAAAGUUUAAAUUUACUUUCUACAGUUUCAAAUUCAUUGUUCAAAUGCUACCAUGCCAAAAUAAAUACAUAUCACCUACAAUUAAAUAAAUAGUUUACUUGAUAACCAAUUCUGCACCAACCCCCCCCUGAAAAAAAACAGUAAUGGACCAAACAUAAGCUAUGAGGUGGGUGGACAUCUGGAAAUUAAAGGGCACUAUUGGGCAUUAUAAAAAAUCAGGCUUUAUAUCUUUUACAAAAACAUAUUUAUUUUUUGUCUUUUUAAUAGAACUGUCCACAAAAUAGAAGCUGUGCUCAACAGGUUUUGAUUCAGUUUCAUCACGUUUAAAUCUCUAUUUCAAACUUUUAAAUGUAAUUGAUCUAGUUUAACUUAUAUGUAGUUGCUCUGCGGAUUUGUUCAAUGCAAAGUUUAAUUCAGUAUUUUCAGCGAAUUGAUAUUUUUUGGGAAAAACAAGUGUUACCACACUUAAUGUCAUAGUAUGCUUGUGUGGUGGUUUUACUUUUCAGUAACACAUAAGAAGGGUUUGAUCCUUUAAAAAAAGAAACACACUUGGGGUGGGUUGGGGGGGGGGGGCUCAUUGUGUGGGGCCCCACAAAAAAGGCUUGUGCUAUUGCUGAAUAUCACCCUUGUAAGAAAAGGUUAAAUUAUUGUGUCAUUUUUUUGAAAUGUUGUUUGAUUCUUUUUGUGUGCCUUUCUGUAUUUGCUGUACCUAUAAUUGUUGAGUAUUUGUUGGUGACGCUGUUAAAAUUUGAGGUUGUCUUUGCAAAUUGAGCCAGAGCUGUUUUGUUUGAGUUGCACAACAUGACAGAAAUGGCUGAAAAAAACCCAAGAUGUGUCUGUUGAGUUCAUGUUUCAAAAUUACAAAGGCUCACAAAAUCGUCUAUUCACCUGUGAUUUCACUUUGUCAUUUUUAUGUUUUACAGAUUAGGGGGAGCAGAGUGCACAAGGCAUGGACUCUAUAAAAAUGUCCAGCCUUAUUAAAUCCUUAUAUUAAAUGACUUCCUCAUACCUGUUUAAAUGACCUUGCGCUUUUCCUUGCAGAUAUUCCUGGCAAUUAUGUGCCCCACCAUACACAUGCUCAUUUUGGGCACUGUAAGGCACAAGUGUACCAGCCAAUGAAAAAAAACAAUUACUUAUAGAUGAUGUUCCUGGCCAGGAUCCCUGUACCAUGACGAAUACUUAGCCAGAAUUCUAUGGAGCUAAAACAAUGAAAAAUACCUUACGUAUGUUUAGAUGGGUACUAAAAAAAAUUCCCCAGAAAAAUUAUAACUACUGUUUUGAUUUUUAGUUUCUGAUGUUUUGCAGGGACCAAUUUCAGUAUUAUUCUUUAUGUAACUCUUUGUUUCAUUGUCAGUUUUUUUUUUUUUUUUACACUUGUCACUUUAGUUUCAAUUGUUUUUGGCAGUUUCAACUUCCUGUCACAAUACAUUCUGUCAUACCUGUCCAUUCCCAUGUACUGUAGAAGGGGCUCUACUUUCCAAUAUUGUUCACAUAACACGCCUACAUCGCCUUGGAUUGGAAAUAAUGAUGGCUAGUGCUGUGGCUGCGAUAGAAAUAAACCUGCUGAUUUUUUGAACAUCAAUCACUAUGCAUCUUGGAAUGUUACCACCAGAAACCUGACUAUUGAACUCAGUCUCUGAUCACCAAAUCCUAUUCAGUUCAUUGUAGAGUCAAAUUGGAUGUUUGUGCCAUUUUUUAAAAAGAAAAUCCUUCAAAGUGCCCUUGACAUCUGCCCACCAUAAUCUAAUCAGC